AUAACAAAUGACAGCUGACAGUGACAGUUGAGUGAGAGAUUAAUGACAGGACAACCACGUGAGUUAGUCACGUGACAACUGACAACAAUUUGAUCAGCUAACCUCAACAAUAUUCAACAAAUUUUACAAAACAAAUACGUAACGUAUCAUGUAAUGUCAUGUUGUAGAUAUUUGUAUUUUAUUGAAUUUGCGAUCGAAUAUUUCAAAAAAAAAAAAAAAUGCUAGGAAACAAGGACACAGAAAGUAUAACAAAAAAGUAUGCACCUUGCACCGUUAACGUUAAUUCUGAAUAUCCCUGCACACUAACUGGUAAUCAUUUCUACCAAAAUUCUGCUUUAGAAUCAGUAACAUUUAACUGUGCAACAGACAGCCUGGAAAUGUACCAGUGCAAAGGUUGUAAGUACCAAACAAAUUUUGUGGCAUUUAUAAAUGAUCAUAUCCAAGACGUCCACUGCGAAAACCUCGGACUAACAGAAUAUUUCUCAAAAAUAGACUGCCUACUCAGAAGUUACACUUGCAGAAGUUGCUACUUUAAAACAUACUCGAUGUUAUUUUGGCUCCAACAUAUCAGAACUAAAUGUGAUACUCCAAUUCUCACACAAACACCUUCUUUACGUGUCAAAGCCAUAAAACACUUCGAAUGUACAUUUUGUUCAUUCACAACUAAACGCAAAAAUUACUUAAAAACCCACAUCUUUGUAAAACAUACAUCAGACGAGAAUGUAAUGUGGCGCAGUUGUAUUUACUGCCUCUUUAAAACAAAACUGGAAGUAGUGCUGAAAAAACACAUCCACUAUCAACACGAAAUAUUCUCAGCCUCAAGUCAGUGGUUUAAAUGUGAUCAGUGCGCCUACAAAGCGAAACAAAAGGGUACUCUCAACAGACACUACACAGCAGUGCACACAGCACACGAAAACAUUAAGUGGUUUGAAUGCCAGCGUUGUCCAUACAAAGCCAAACGUAAGUCAGGUUUGAAGGAGCAUUUCAUGACUCAGCAUCUGCCUCAAGAUGAGAUUCAGUGGUUUCGAUGUAAUUUGUGCCCGUAUAAAGCCAAAUGUAAACAGUCAGUGAAAAAACAUCAGUGCCCUAGAAAAACCGAACAGGAUUUCAAGUGGUUUGAUUGUCUUCAGUGCGGUUUUAGGACAAAGUGGAGCCAUGCUCUGACGCGGCAUUUUCAGGUUAAACAUGUGAGGGAUGAGGCGAUCAAGUGGUUUGAAUGUGAUCACUGUGUGUUUAAAACUAAGUUGAAGUCUAAUUUGAAGAAGCACUUGUUGUACAAACAUACAGCGCCUGAAGAUAUUCGAUGGUUUAAGUGCGACGAGUGCUCGUUUAAAGCUAAGCAAAGAGGGAAUUUGAAGCAGCAUCUGCAGCUGAAACACAAACCAUAGAAAUUAGAAUAGGGGGAGAAACAGUUGUUGCAAUAAUUUGUUAAAUUAGAUUAAAAGACACUGUGCAUUUAAUACUAAAAUUUUUUUGUUGUGUUUAUACAAACUGUUUCCAUU